AUGCCGUCCGCCGUCGACAAAAGCAUCGAUGGCGAAGAUUCUCUUGAACCACUACCUUUGACUUCUUCCCAACCAAUCUCUGCUGUAACCAUGCAUGUUUACUCCUUCCCAAGCGCUCUCCUGCCCGCCCAGCAGCUGCGUCCCAAACGUAGGCAGGUCAAGAACGCUUGUACUCAUUGCCAAAAGGCGUGCAAGAAGUGCGACGACGCACGCCCUUGCCUUCGCUGUAUAAAGUACGGUUGCUCCGAUGAAUGCGUCGAUUCCCAAAGGAAAGAGCGCAAGAAGGGCGUGAAGAGAGGGCCUUACAAGAAGCGCGAUGGAAGGGGGAGGAAUAUUAACCUGAAUGACCUGCCCCCUGAAAUCAUCGGUGCUUCACACACCAGCAUUCCGCCUGGAAUGUCACCGAACACUGGUUCCUAUGUUCAAAUCCCUGGCUUUCCGGGCAUUUAUACCUCUUAUCCUCCGGCGUCUUCCAAACCCAGCAAUGUGCCCUCUAUGUACUCUACUCCUCACUACAUCAUGGGCCCCACAAUCCCUACGCAUACCUUUUUGGCUCAAACAUCUCCACAUCAGCCCUAUGCAACUCAUGGCCUUUAUCAACUGGCAGGUGUUCCAUCACAAUUUCAUCCACAAUACCCAACUGUCGGUCUUCAUGACGGGGCAGAUCUAAACCAUCAAUACCCUGUCUACUCAGCAUCAGUGUAUCCCAAACUGUCCCCACAGUUGAUCGUUGAUAGUAAUGCAAGGCUUGAAGAAGAGGGAGGAACUGGCAAAGCAGUUGGUUCUCGUCAUGAUUAA